AUGAUCCAAGAAGUGCUACACAACUGUCAUGAAUCCAUUGAAGAAGGACACCAAGGGGUCGUUCGCUCUUACCAAAGAGUGAAACACGACUACUACUAUAUCGGUCUCUACGCAAAUGUAGAGAAACAUGUGAAAUCAUGUCUCGACUGCAGCUCGAGUAAGAGUUUGCCGCAGCUCAAAGGCUACUCACCUGGCAAUGUGCUCGCCGAGCGACCAUUCCAGGUGGUGUCAAUGGACUUUGUGAUCCCUCUACCGAGAUCUCGUCGAGGAAACACUGUCUUGUUGCUAUGGCAGUGCUCGUUUACUGGGUUUGUGAUCGCUAAAGCGAUGUCCGACACCGAUGCUCUGAUUGUGGCCAAGGUGUUCGAGGAAUGCAUCUACAGACGUUUUGGUGCACCGUCUCUUAUUCGACAUGACCGAGACCCACGCUUCAUGAGCGAGGUCUUUCAGGCAUUCGCCGAGUUAAUACAAGCAAGGUCAAGGUCAACGUUGAGCUAUCGCCCACAAGCGAAUGGGCAGCAAGAGCGGUCGGUCAAGACCGUGAUGCAGUCUGUCAAGGUCUAUGUGGAGGACCCGUUGCAGGAAGACUGGGAUGAGAUUGCUGAGCGACUAGUCUUUGCGAUCAACAACUCUCAUGAUAUGACCAGGAAAAAGACACCAUUCUACUUGGUACAUGGAUGGGGUGCCCAUACGACGUUACGAGCAACGACGACCUCGAGGUGUUGGUAA